AUGUCUGCCAACACUUCUGGAUUUAAGAAACACGAGUCGGCAAUAGUGUCAGACUCCGAGAUCGAUGUCACCGAUGAUGUGACUGAAACCCCAAACCCUCCUAUUCGUAGAUCAUCUUCGUUGUUUUCGCUUACUUCGAAGGAAUUACUUCCAAAGCCUGACGAAAAAGAAUAUGCCGCUUUCAUCGACGAUGAAAGACACUUCAGUUUGAUAAGAAAUUUGCACAUGGCUGAUUUCAUCACUUUGUUGAAUGGCUUCUCUGGAUUCUACUCCAUCAUCUCCUGUUUGAGAUACACUUUGACCGGUAAGAGUCAUUACGUGCAAAGGGCUCAUUUUUUCAUUUGUUUAGGGUUAUUUUUUGACUUCUUUGAUGGAAGGGUCGCUCGUUUGAGAAACAAGUCGUCGUUGAUGGGUCAGGAAUUGGACUCUCUUGCUGAUUUGAUCUCGUUCGGAGUCAGCCCUGCCACGAUUGCCUUUGCUAUUGGUUUCCAAACUACUGUAGAUGUCUUGAUGUUGACCUUCUGGGUGUUGUGUGGCUUGUCAAGAUUGGCUCGAUUCAAUAUCUCUGCUGCCAACAUCCCUAAGGAUGCUCACGGAAAGUCCCAGUACUUCGAAGGGUUCCCUAUUCCUACAAACUUAGGUUGGGUAUUCUUCAUGGCUUUCUUGGUAUACAAAGACUGGAUCUUGGACAACUUGCCAGGAGGGCUCCUUUUCAAGGACACCUUCUUUGAGUUCCACAUCAUAUCCAUCGGGUUCGUGUUGCAGGGCUGUGCCGAAAUAUCCAAGUCUUUGCAUAUUCCAAAGCCUUAA